AUGUCAUGUUAUAUUCCAGGUAGCAAGAGGACCUUCAAGAAGAUUAUGCUAAUCGUCUCAGCAUUGGCAUCAGCAGCUGCAACCUUGCUCUUUCCCUGUAUUUAUGUGCUAAUAAGGCAUAGAAAGGGGCAAAGACUAUGGCUUCUCCUUUGCAAGAAGACUAGCAGCAACAAUGAAAAUAAUUACGAGGCCAUGAUAGCAUCGUAUGGAUCCCUAGCUCCAAAAAGAUACAUCUACUCAGAGAUAAUGAAGGUAACAUCUUCUCGCAACUAUGAGCUUGGAAAAGGUGGUUAUGGUGUGGUUUUCAAAGGAAGACUACAUGAUGGCCGUCCUGUUGCCGUGAAAUUCUUGCAUGACUGCAAAGGAAACGGAAGCGAGUUUGUGAAUGAGGUUAUGAGCAUUGGUAGAACCUCUCAUGUUAAUGUUGUUAGCUUAUUUGGGUUUUGUUUGGAGGGGUCAAAACGAGCUCUUAUAUAUGAGUACAUGUCCAAUGGUUCCUUGGAUAAGUACAUUUACUCAGAGAAUCCCAAAGAAAUUUUAGGAUGGGAGAAGCUUUAUGCUAUAGCAAUUGGGAUUGCUCGUGGCCUCGAAUACUUGCACCAUAGUUGUAAUACACGCAUCGUCCAUUUCGAUAUCAAGCCUCAAAAUAUCCUUCUAGACAGGGAUUUUAGCCCCAAAAUUGCUGAUUUUGGUCUAGCUAAAUUGUGUCAUACGAAAGAGAGUAAAGUUUCAAUUACUGGGGCUAGAGGAACAAUUGGAUUCAUCGCUCCAGAAGUUCACUCUCGAACCUUUGGAGUGGUUUCGACAAAGUCAGAUGUUUAUAGUUAUGGAAUGAUGCUGUUGGAGAUGGUUGGAGGCAGGAGAAAUGUAAAAUCAAUUGUUCAAAAUUCCAGCGAGAAGUAUUUCCCAGAUUGGAUUUAUGACCACUUUGCUGAAGAUGAAGCUUUACAGGCAUGUGAUGUAACAAGUGAAACUGCAGAGAUAGCCAGAAAGGUGACCAUAAUUGGCAUGUGGUGCAUACAAGUACUACCUAUGUAUCGCCCCACUAUAACAAGAGUUCUAGAAAUGUUCGAGAGAAGAUUAGAUGAACUGGACAUGCCACCAAAGCAAAACUUUGGUGACCUAGUUGAAAGUUCAGCUCACAAUAUGGAUGUACAAAGUGUAAGUUCCAAUAGUACCAGAUCUGAGAAGAUAAGCCCCGUGAGUUCAAAGAUCCUACAACGGCUGCCAACUCUUUGA